AUGUUCCAAGCGCUAAAGAUCUCCCAUGAGAGCAACUACCAAGCCUUCGCACUUUUCAUAGAUGAAGUCCCAGAAGACUCAGAAGAGUCAGAUCGCCCAGGAGGCUACCGUAUUGUCAACGCAAAAGGAUCUAGCUUUCCGCAUUUCUCAGACGAGGAUGGCAGCAAACUGGAGAUUACCACAUUACCAUUUGACAAGGUGGAAGAAUACUGGAACGCAGCCUGGAAUCCAGAGAGUCGGAUUCCAGCCACCGUCCCAAAAGGCCCAUACAAAUACAAUGCUGCCAUGUGGAAGCUGAACAAAUUCGGCGGCGACCCAAUCGUCAACCCAGAUGAUAUCGCCAAUAGUCUCGACACAAGUGUUAUCUUUGUGUUAGAAAAGAUGACCGAAACCGAGCUACGCAAGAUACGAUGGGAAAUAUUCCGCGGCUGUGACUCUGAUGAAAAUUUCAUGUGGGUUGAUGUGUCAGAUCGACUGGUUUCACCGGACAUGCAAGGUUUAGUGACAUACUUUGAAUCUGGAGAGUUUACUAACCACUCACCUCCGUACCACUUUCUUGCCGUUGAUCGUCAGACUCUGGCGGAUGCAAUGGAGCCAUUCGAUGAGCGGGAUGCUCUCGAGGCUAUCAUUGUUGCUUCGUAUGAGGCUGGUGAUGUCUGGUUUUCAGAUGAUAUGAAUCGUUCUUUCGGAUACAUAUCUACUGGUUAUGGUUAUUACAGAGGGGACUACGAUGAGGUCCAGAAUAUUCAUAUUAACUUGGUGAUUUCCAAUAUGAGCUGGGACGAGAUGUGUCAACAUUCUCCGGUGGUAUAUUGGAGUGCUUAUCGGAAGUGGGCUGAGGAAAAUUUAGGGCAAUCAUUCUCGCGGUCUUUUGGUCCGGGGGGGAUGAGGACUUCCAUGGAAUGA